CAAUACUAUUUGCAACAUUAAUUGAAAUACAAUAUGAUUUAGAUUAGGAGUUCGUUUUCUAUACAGACACUUCAUAAAAUUUAAAGCUUUGAAAGUGACAAUAUUUAAUAAGUAUAUAGCUCUAUUAUUAUGCGGACACCGGCAAUAGUAAAUUCGACUGCGCAGCCGAACCGCAAUCGAUAAUUUUGUCCACCGAUAAAUUGUUUUAGUAUUGUUCUAACGCGCAGCCAGCCAAACAGGGAAAAUAAAUAAAUAAUAUUUAUUUAGGUGGUUUCGUGUGGCGUUUACAUGAUGUGGAAGCAUUUUACAAUCACAUUUACGCUACUUGCCAGUUUUGCCACCCUGGCAUCUGGCAAAUCCGAUCCCGGCAUCAUUGACGUUGUUAUAGAUCAGGAUCUGCAACCGAUUGUGGAGCAGCGUCCGCUAUUAGCAAAUACGAAGAUUUACAUAAAACUUGAAUGCUCUUCCGAAGGGGAAGUUCCAUUAACUAUAAAUUUUAAGCUGACGCAACAUCCAUGUCUAUACGAAGCUCGAUUUCUGCAGGCACUCAACGACAAACCGAAUCUGCAAAAAAAUGUUAGCUUAAGCCAUCUUGUGAAAUCCACAAGUAAAUAUGCCAACUGCACGCAUCUUAUUGUACUCAGCGAUGACACCGACGACGCCAACAAGCAGGCGCAGGAGGAAGUGCAUGAGCUGAAGAAGAGCCAAAAUCCACUUGCGGCAAAGCCCAAGGCAAUUGCGAGCAUUGCUGAAGAUGGGAUCUACGAGCUGGAGCUAACCAUAUUAACAAAUCCACCUGGUCAACCUUUUCGUGCAACGGUGCAUAUUGAAUUCCUCGGUCCACAUGGCUACAUAUCAGCCAUCGAUUGGCCCUUUUUGCCGUUCUAUCUGGUCAUGUGUGUGGUUUAUGUUAUAUUCGGCAUAAUUUGGCUAUUUGUUUCAUUUGCACAAUGGCGCGAUUUGCUGCGCAUACAAUUCUGGAUAGGAGGUGUCAUAUUGCUUGGAAUGUUGGAGAAGGCCUUCUUCUAUGCAGAGUAUCAGACAGUGUCCAAUACAGGGCAUCCGGUGCAGCAUGCCGAACUAGUUGCUGAGUUUGUCUCCUGCGCCAAGCGCACACUAGCCCGCAUGUUGGUCAUCAUAAUGAGCCUGGGCUUCGGCAUAGUCAAACCUCGCUUGGGUCCCAUGCUGCAUCGCGUUGUGGGCGUGGGCACUUUAUACUUUGUACUGGCCUGCGUGGAAAGUUAUUUACGUAUUACCCGGGUCAAAAGCGAUCGAAGCGAGCUGCUCCUAUCUACCAUACCGCUCGCUGUACUGGAUACUGUAAUUUGCUGGUGGAUAUUUACAUCACUCGUACAGACAACGCGCACGUUGCGACUGCGCAGAAACAUGGUUAAGCUCUCACUGUAUAGACACUUUACAAAUACGCUAAUAUUCGCUGUUAUUGCCUCGUUGGUCUUUAUGUUGUUUGCUUUGCGUUUGCGUAAGACCGAGAGCUGCACACCUGGUUGGCAUGAUAUCUGGCUGGAUACAGGCUUUUGGCAUAUACUGUUCUCUGUUCUAUUGCUGGUCAUUAUGAUUCUUUGGCGACCCACAAAUAAUAAUCAGCGAUAUGCAUUUACGCCGCUACUGGAUAAUCCAGAGGAUGAGGACGAUGAGGAUGAAGAGGAUCAGUUUGUGGCAGAUGCGUAUGGCAUUAAGAUGCGUGGCUCCCAUCAAAAUGGCAACGCACAAACCACUAAAAAUGCACGCGCGGCCACAACCACCGAAGAUGAUGAUUUGCGCUGGGUGGAGGAGAAUAUACCCUCAUCAAUGGGUGAUCCAGCAUUGCCUGUACUCGAUUCCGAUGAGGAAAUCAUAAAUACUAAGUUUGAAGUUUCCAAAAUGCAAUAAGCUGUGUACCUAAGAGACUUUUACAUAUAUAUAUAUAUCUAUAUAUAUAUAUAUAUAUAUAUUUCUAUAUAUAAAUAUAUAUACUGCACAUGUAUUUAUAACUAUUUAAUGUACGCACUAAGUGAGAGCCGAGGCGUUUUAAUUGCUGGUCUACUAUAGCACCUCGACUACUCAGCCUGUUGCCCCUCUGCUCCAAUGUUAAACACCCAAAUCCUUUUCCUUGUUUCCAUCACACAAGCACAUUUCGAAUUUGUCAGCCCGUGUAAAAUAUUGUAUAUGAAAUCGACACAAACAGCAGCAUAAAUAGCAAAGGUAACCUUUCAUUUUCCUCCUAAUUAAAUCUAAAUCUUAACUUAUUCGUAAUCACUUAGCGUUAAGUUUGUAGAUAUUUAGUGCUACAAAAUAUUUUUAAGUAUUGAACGAACCCCGAAAUCGAUUCUCUACACGUAUAGAACUUAUCAAACACACAUACACGCAUAAAUGUUGUCGCGAUUUUGUACAUAGUCGAUAAUGAAAAACAAAAAAAAAGAAAACUAAGAGUAUUUAUAUAAACAUAUAUAAUGUAAUAAUAAUCUUGAUAAAAAGAAAAACAAACAAAAAUGAAAAAACGAUACGCAUAAUAGGAAAAAGUUUCAAUUUAAUUUACUGAUAACUAAAAAAAUGUAUUUGUAUUCAUGUAUUCGAUAUAAGGCCACACAUCUUAUCUUAUUUAAAAUGAUAAAAAAAAGUACUAAAAUUGAUAAACAAAAUAAUUAUAAAACUUGUAACUUGUAGCGCAGUUUGCGAUUUUUUUCAUGAAAAAUAAACUAAAGCAUAGCCAUACCAAAACCAAAAAAUAUGAACAUUUUAA